AUGCGGAAAACACUACAAAAGAGACACUCUUGGACGGACGAGGAGCUGAACAUCCUCUCAUACCUCCGAUACACUCGCCAUUGGCGCUUCAAGAAAAUCCAAACGUCCUACUUCCCAUCACUUUCUCCGAACGCACUCUUGGGAGCCUACUGGCGCCUGUCCACCGAAGACCGCAUACGCCGAGCAUCGAGGAUCACCACCUCAAUCAUCGCUCCUCGCAACACUGGAGAAAACCUCUCAGGUUCCCCCCGAGCUCAACCCACAUGUUCCAGUAUCGCACAGGGGACAAGUCGCUAUCGCACUCUUGCUCAGUCAGAAAACAACAUUGAGACUUUGGCCUUCACCCCACCAAGCCCUGCGGGUGGAGGGGAUCCAUUCAUUUCCGACAACAGCAAUUCGAGUCGUUACAAACUCAGGCCAAACAGACCCUCAAUCUUCCCUCCAAGGAAGCCGGGAUAUCUUGUUGACCGACGCCGUUUCCCCCACUUCUUUAGAUCGUACAAGUACUCUCUCAAUCUACAAGGAGUCCCGGACAGCGACUAUACUCCUCCAUCUCGGAUGCCUACGCCAAGUUCAUCAGAUCGAAGCGUUUCCAUCGUCUCAAGUCUUCCCAGUGCCGCGUCAAGCCUUGAACUCUUUGGCUUGGAGCUCCGAGGAGCAUCCUUUGCCGACAUGACUGAAAUCACAAAGUUUGAGCAAUUCGGAAUCAAUACGUUCUAUAACGGAAUCCCAACAUUAGAUAAUGCCAGCGACUGGUUUCGGUGGAAUCAGAAGGUCAAUGAGUUCAUUCGGAUAUCUGCGGUUGCCGACGAUGGAGCGACUCCACCGAUAGAAGAGGAAGAAGCACGGCAAUGGAUUCACCGCCAAAAUUUCUAUUCUGCGAUGAUCACGGCAAAGCUGACACACAAUGCGGCGCAAAGAAUCAAUGCCUUUGAGAUUCCUCGAGUCCACGUACUGCUUAAGGCAGUCAAGGACAACUUCAAACCAGAAGGCUCAGGCACUCGAACAUUUUUCUUCGUGCAUGCACUCGGUCCGGAGUACGAGAGCUUCCGCGAUCAUAUCUUCCGACAAAUGGACCUUGUCAAUGAAAGAGACGCAAAUGGGAACGUCACGAAAGCGGCGCCCACGUUUGACUAUAUCGAGAAUAAGGCAAUUGAGGAAGAGCAUAGGAAGGGGCAAUUGGGUAAACAAGCAAUGGAGACGCAAGCACUUCCUGCUCUUGCUCUAGUCCGUGGGCCAGGUGACAAGAAACUCAUCCCGUCGUCGGACGGAACUACUUGUCGAAUCGAGAUCGAUAACGUCCCAUAUUGCUCCUUCUGCCGAAAACCUUAUCACGUUGACUCCGAAUGUUUCACCAAGAAUCCGAAACUGAAACAGAAAGACGGAGAUGGACCGAAGCCAAAGCCAGGCAGGAUGCAUACGGGCACACGCAAACAGUUGAAGAAGCGGCCUUCGACGGAUGACGAGGAUGACGAUGCGGGUGGUCCAAAGGAUCCGAAGAAACCAACUUUCAUGGCGACGAGAGCCUCCGAGAAAGAUGUCAACGAAGCAUUUGGAAACGAUAUCGAGGGCUAUUUCGCCCUGUCCGACCAUAUUCCCAUAAUGAUGGCGAUAAAAACCCUCUCUAUUCGCGACGCGUGGAUCGUGGAUAGUGGAUGCGCUCAGCACGUCUGCAAUAGUGCCUCGAGGUUUGUCCAAAUGGCCAAGUACCAUGGCCCCUCACUAAGAGGCGUUGACACCUCAACGGCUCCCUCCGGAGUGGGAACAGUGAAUAUCCUUUGCAAUGUACGCGGCAGAAAGAAAUGGCUUGUGCUUGAUAACGUCCUCUAUGUUCCAUCUGCACACGCCAAUCUCAUAUCGGUGCUCCAGCUUCUCAAACGAGGAGCAAAGGUCGAAUUCUCAAGCUGGAGUGCUAUAAUUCGCAACAAGUCAAACGGAAAGAAUCUAUAUACUGCCAACGAAUAUCAUGGAGUCUACGCACUCGAUCUGUGGACAAGUCUGACUUUUCCCUCUUACCAUGUUAGCCCGCAAAUGUCUCUGUGGCACAAUCGGCUUGCUCAUAUGAGUGAUGCAAAUCUUCGGCGACUCAAAAAGCAGGCUCACGGUGUUCGGGACAUGGAGCCACGUCAUCCAUGCAAUUCGUGUCUGCAGGGGCGAAUGAUCGAAAAACCCCACCGCAGAUCAGGAAAUAGCAGGAGAGGCGAAGACGCAAUGGAGCUCCUCCAUAUUGACGUUGCAGGGCCAUUUGACGAGGGCCUUGACGGCAGUCGUUACUGGCUCACCAUCGUUGACGACUUCACGGGCUGGAUCGAGAUUAUCCCUAUACCACGAAGACAAGAGUUCGUCAUAGAAUCACUACGGUUCUUCCUCGACCACAAUGAGCGCCCCGAACGAAAAUGCAGGCGAAUACGUCUCGACAGAAUAUCUGAACAAGUGGGAGACGAGAUGAAGUUCAUGUUGUUCUCGCGCGCAAUUCAAGCUGAGGUGACAGGAGUGGAUCAACACCAGCAGAAUGGGGUUGCUGAAAGAGCCCACAAGACAAUUUAUGAUCGGGUUAGGCCUACCUUAGCACAUGCGAGGUUGCCGUCUACAUUCUGGCCGGAAAUUGCUCGAACCGCAGCGUUCCUCUCCAACCGGUCGCCGUCAUCGAAGCUCAACAUGACUCCGUACCAAGCGUGGUAUGGCGACAAGCCUGACCUAUCACGACUCAGAGUGAUCGGAUCCAAAGGGGAAUACUUGAUCCCGCCAAAGCAAAGAAAGAAGCUUACGGAUCCGCGAACAAGGCCAUGCAUUUUGCUAGGCUAUGAAGGAAAUACCAACUACCGUAUCCUCCUGGAAGACGGAAGAAUCGUUGGGACUCCAAACGCCGAAUUUCACGAAGUCCUUACAGCUCCCUCCACACAGACUAUAGAAGAUGUGGGAGCCAGACAAGACGGCUUACCUGAGGCAACGGCUGCUGCCGCAGGGGGGAGUGAGACGGUGGGACUAAUAAAUCAACCGUCGGUAGGCAUCCGGCAAGCAUCCGUGCCUGCUUCGGGGCGCCAAUUGUCAAUGGCACCAUCGGAGCGGGCCCUACCUAAGCCGAGAAACGAUAUCUCGCACAUACUGCCUCGGAGUAACGAUAACUCGCGAGUGCUUACCCAGCCGAGUAACGAUAACUCGCAAACCCCAGCGUCGUCUAAAUCGAGUAACGAAGACUCGCAGCCAGCUGUUGCUGUACAGGGAGAUAGGACCUUGUCGUCCAUACGGAGUGACGAUGCCCUCGGACCUCUAUCACCUGCUUAUCAGGAUUCUGUCCUUAGGAUUGACUCACCACCCGGUGGCGACCAGCAACAAGACGACGCUCAACAAGGGCUAAGUUCAGGAGAAUGGCAACGAUAUCCAGAACUCCAACUUGAACUUGACAACCCAGUUCAUGAAGUGCAACAAGGAGCACUAGAUCAUCACCCUGAAAUGAAGAUUCGUGCUCCACAAGUCACAUUAGACAUGUCUGAUGAGAGCGAAGAAGAGCUUGCACUAAUGAAUAUACCCGAAGAGAACAUCAUCCCAACACUCUUAACGGUAGCUGCAGAGGAAACAGAACCCUUUGAGCCAAAGAACCUGCAUCAAGCGAAGAACGACACAAGCUGGCUCGAAUGGAAAAGGGCAAUGCUUGAAGAAGUGAACUCACUCAAGCAAAACAAAACGUGGGAGGUGGUUGAUCCCCCCAAAGACCGGCGAGUUCUCAGUGGAAAAUGGGUCUUCAAACUCAAACGAGGACCUCACGGCGAAGUACUCCGCCAUAAGAGCAGAUGGGUGGUGAGAGGCUUCACACAAGAAGACGGUAUUGACUAUGAUGAAACCUUUGCCUCGGUUGUCAAGCCAAUGAGCUACAAAGCCCUCUUCGCAAUCGGAGCGGCCCUGGACUUCGAGAUCGAGCAAAUGGAUGUCAAAACCGCAUUCUUGUACGGACAUAUAGACCACGAGAUCUACGUCGAACAGCCCCAUCACAUGACGGAUGGCACCCCAAGGGUCUGCAAGCUUCGAAAAGCCCUCUAUGGAUUAAAGCAGGCUCCUCGCAUCUGGUACCAGACCCUCACGAACUUCCUGCGCAAUCUUGGCUUCGAGCCAAUCACCGCCGAUCUUGGUAUCUUCGUUCGGAGCAAUAUGUACAUCGCGGUGUAUGUUGAUGAUCUCCUGAUCGUGGGUCCGAGUAUCGCAGAGAUCAAGAAGAUCAAGCGGAGCCUAAGGAACCGUUUUCAGAUGACAGAUCUGGGCCCAUGCAGCUACUACCUUGGGAUAUCCAUCCAGCGAGACCGCCAAAACAGGAAACUGUCCCUCAGUCAAGAAGCAUACAUUGACAAGGUUGCUCAUCAAUUUGAUAUUGGCAACUGCGCUCCCAUCGGCACGCCGAUAGAAACCUCACCGCUUCCCGAGAACAGUCCAGAGUACACGUGCCCUCCAGAUCAGAGGACCUCUUACCAACGCAUGGUCGGAUCUCUGAUGUACAUUAUGCUUGGAGCCAGGGGGGACAUCGCGUACGCAGUCUCUGUGGCGAGUAGGUCUCUGGCAAAUCCUGGGCCCCAACACAUAAAACUCGCUCAACGCAUCCUGCGGUACCUCAAAGGAACCAAGAGCCUCAGACUCGCGUACAAGGGUCAGCCUCAGAAACUGAAAGGCUUCACAGAUGCAGAUUGGGGAGGAUGUCGUGACACGAGACGAUCAACAGCUGGGUAUCUCUUCAACAUUGGAAGUGGAGCAAUCAGUUGGCAAUCGAAAGGCCAGGGCGUCGUUGCCCUCUUAACCCGUGAAGCCGAGUUUCUAGGGCAGACACAAGCCACCAAAGAAGCAGUCUGGCUGAGACGACUUCUCAAUGAAUUGAAUAUGAACCAAGGAACAACCGCCACGAUCAUCUGCGGUGAUAACCAAGGUGCUAUCGCUCUCUCCUCGAACCCACAAUACCACUCUCGUACAUGUACAAAACAUAUGGAAAUCCAACGCAAGUGGCAGGGAGAGGUCCAAGACAACGGAACAGUGAAGCUCAAAUAUAUCCCAACCACAGAACAAAUUGCUGAUGGGUUCACCAAACCCCUUGCUCGGGAAAGAUUUGAGUGGUUUCGGAAAGGGCUUGGCGUUGAGUGA